AUGCCAGGCCCAGCCGAGGCACAUCCCCAGCGUCAGUGCCAUCUGAUCCUGACCGGCACACCCCCCUCUCUCCUCCCUUGCUGGGAUCUGGGUUUCCACGGCAACAGGAUUAAAGGCUGGAAUAUCACUGUUUAUUCUUCUGCCUGUGCCAGGAAAUGAGAGGCCUUCGCGCUCCCUUUGCUCCCCGACUGCCAUCUAGGGGGUAGUAUUCAUGGAAACGGUUGGGUAGGGGCCUGGCUGUUCCAUGAAAAUGAAGUGAUUAAUUGGCAAGGGGGAAAGGAGGAGGAGGAGGAGGGAGAAAAUGAAGCUGCCAAUCUGAGGAGAGAGUCGGGUGGGGUGCCCUCAAUUUGUAGGUCCCUCGGAGGGGACUCUGCAUGGUACAUGUGAGAAGCAGUCUCUUACUGCCGGCCUGCAUCUUCCAGGGAGCAGGCCACAAUACAUACACUGUUCCAUCUGCUAAACAAAAAUGCCCUUUUUGAACCUACAAGAUUCCCCCCAAAAGACAUUCACCGUAAUCAUUAAGAACCACCAAAGCGGGGAGAGUCGUUCCCACUCCAGCCUGCCGGGUUCCUUGACUUGGAGAAUGCAAACUUUGUGCUCUGUGCGCAACAUACCAGUCCUGUCUCACCAAAUUAGUCGCAAUUGCCUGGAAUUUAUUUUCUCUCCCCCAGCCCAGAAUCGCGUGUCCCCUCAGCUGCUACGCUUCCCUUUUGCUUCAGGACCCAACACACUGCUGCAAUCAGCUGCUGAUUCAAAAAGUCCGGGAAGCUUUGUGAGUGCCUUUCGUUUCUUGGAACGUCCCCCAGUCAGCAAUGACGUGCUGGAGGAGCAGCAAACCUUUAAGCAGAAGUUUCACAAGCCUCAUGCUUUCCCCAGAAAUGUCUCCUGCAUCAUAUAGGGAAAUGUGUCGGUGAAUGUGUCAGUAAGUCGCAGUUCCCUUCCUUACUUCUUUACCAGCUCUGGGAACAAAGAGAAUUUGAGUCGUAAUGGUGAGAGUUUUCUUGAUGGGGGGGGUGGCAAGUAUAGCAGCUCAGCUGAACAGAGAAAUUAGUAUUUGGGCCUGGUUUCGCUGGCAGGAAAUACCCUGUUCCAACAGGAAAAGUACCUCUACCAAAUGCAGGAUGCACAGCCCUUAUCUAGCGCUUUACACAAUUAACCAGUUCCUGUCGCUCAACGUUCUGAGAAAGUAAAACAGAAACUUUCCAGAAUUAUACCUGAUUAUUUGGCAGCCCUUUUGAACAUUAAAAAAGUGGGUCUCGAUUCAUUCAACCCAAUUGCAUGCAAAUUAGAUUGCAAAUCCAAUAGAACAAGGAGAAAGUUGCCGCAUGUACAGAACUUAAUCAUACACUCAUUACUCAUUCUCUACCUUACCCCAUACUGAGAUUUUGCAAAAUUCAUAUUAGCUCUCAUGCUCUGCCUUAUUUGGGUGAAGAUUAUGUUGUGUGAUCAUCUGAAAAGAACAAAUGAGCUCUGCUUUGGUUGAUAAGGCUGUCAUAUUGAAGGGAGUGGUGGAGGGGGUAGAGUCAGGUUGCUGAUGAGAAAAAGGAGCCUUACCCAUGGAAUGCAUAGUAGCAGCAAGGUGUGGAGAAGUUCUUCAGCUUUUCCAGAUGUGUGGCCAGAAAAGGGUUGGCAUUUUGACAGUUUUGAUUCUUCUCUUCACAGAGGUUUAUAAAAGGGCCAUUACUAAAUGACUGCCAAUUUGCUUUAAUAGAAAAAGGGGCCUUGGUCAUAAUGUUUGAAUUUAAAAUGCUUCUGAAUCAACAGAGGGGCAGUUGUUGCAAAACAAAAACAAAACCCCCCAUCACACAUCAUGGGUAAUUCAGAAAAAGGCUGUUUCAGAUAAAUCAGAGGCAUGCAUCAAUGACACAAACAAGGUAGUGUUCUCGCUACAGCAGGGAUAGCCAACAUGGUGACCUCCAUAUGUUGUUAGACUACAGCUCCCAUCAGCUUCAGUCAGCAUGGCCAGUGGUCAGGGAUGAUAGGAGUUGCAGUCUGAAGGGCACCCCAUUAGUUACCUCUGAUCUAGAGAAUAUGACAAUAAUGAAAAGAUGUAUAUUUUGAUAUAUUUAUCAUAUACAAGUUAUACAUUAAUGGGUAAAUUCCCUAUAGACACCUACUACAGCUUUGUUAGCAGGCUGGAUAACCUCAGUUGGUUAGAGCAUGGUGCUGAUAAUACCAAGGUUGCAGGGUCAAUCCCCAUAAAGGACAGCUGCAUAUUCCUGCAUUGCAGGAGGUGGACUAGAUGAUCCUCAGGGUCCCUUCCAAACCUAGGAUUCUAUGAUUAAUGAGCUGCAUUUUCUAUGGUUUAGGUUAGGAUAUAAGAGGUGGAUUUAAGGCAGCACUGGGCGCCAAACCUAGGGGGCACCGCAGGGCACCACAACUGUAACAGUGAAUUGAACAGAAUGGAUAGGCGGGGGAGGAGGGGCAGGGAGAGCAAAUUUUGGGCCUUGCACAAGGUGCUGCUGAAUUUUUAAAGACCAAAGACUGCCCCUAAAAGGGUCACCACACACCCCAAAGGGCAACUACUAAAACUGACUUAACAGAUGUUAACCAAAUGAAAGGAUUCUUAAGACUAUAUCCAAGACUGCCCAUGGGACACAUAAUUUCUCAAGAGCUUCAUACAUCAGUUUCACAAUGCAGAGCAGUGGCUGUCAACUUUUCCAGAUCUGACACACACUUCAACCUGCACCUGUAACGAGAGGCUUUGCUUGCUCAUUUAUUUAUUUUGCUUUUCCUUCCAACAGACUUUCUCCUUUCCUAUUUCUUCCUCCUUUCUCUAUCACUUGCUUUUUUCCUUCUCCUUCUUCCUCACAGAACUGUAUGAUAUUCUGCUGCCCUGCUAAUGCAUCUGUACUCUAGUCCGCAAAUGUUUAUGCCACGCAAUAAACUUCUUAGCCUUUAAGGUGCUGUGAGAGGCUUGCUUGUCCGCAUAAUGUAACCUGACCAGGAUGCAAGCUGUGCAUGAUAUCAGUGUGCAUGCAGAUUGCUAUAUUCUCUGGCAUUUAUUAGAAUACACCUGUGAGAAAGUGCAACACACCCUGUCAAGAUCACUGUGUUGGUAUAUGGGAGUUUGGUUCUCCUUAAGUGUUAAAUUAUACUUUUCUAUAGGUGUUCCUUUGGAAACAGUGCUGGCUGCUACGCCCUUUUAAUUCUUUCUCAACCUGCAUACUUGUAAAACAAACUUCUCUUUUCAAUCACCAGUGUGCUUUUCUUCAAAAGACACUGACCCUGCAAACAUUGCCCUGAGUUUCCCAUGAAUCCGGGGACAGAGAACAAAACCAUUUUCAACACACAUGCAGUUGGAGGAGUGGUGGGUGGAGUUUAGCAGCAACAUCACAAGAUCAGACAGCACAAGAAAUUCAUUACAACUACUACUUCUGGCUGACUAGAACAUCAUGUGGCAGCACUGUUUGUCAUUCAUUUAAUCCAGAAGUUUUCAACCUUUUUCAGUCCAAAGAUCCCUUGACAUUCUUUCUGCAGUACCCCUGUGGGACUCAGGAGCCCAGUAAUGUCACCCCUUGCCUGCAGUGCUGGCAGCCUCUCACACUUUUUCGAACACCCUCCCUUGUGGAGUGUUCCCUCAGCCUUUUCUCCUCUCCCUUCUUCUUGGGAGUCCUCCAGGCAGCUGCUGCUUGCCCCCUCCUCCAAGAGAAGUGCCUCUUCACACUGCCCCACAGGGGCCUGGGACUUGUCUGUCCAUUCCCAACAGCAAGGGCUAGUGGACUGGCUGGCUGGGCUCCCUUGCCCACUUGCUUGCUUACUCCGAGGCCACCUCAGUUCCUGGCAGCCAGCACCCCAUGGCCAGCCCCAGAGGCACCAUUUGCCUGGGGAGCUCAUAGCCAGGGCUGUGCAACAAACAGCUGUGCAAGCCUUUUGUUAUGUACUGAUGUUCUCACCCUGUGCCAGCAGGGGGAUACUGUAGACAGUUAUGCAAAUGAAGGAUCGAAAGUGACGUUCAGUGAUUGGAUAGUUUGUAUGCAAAUGAAGGAUCGAAAAGUGAUGUUCUGUGAUUGGAUAGUUUUAGAAAGUUGCAACAGUUACAAUUGUUCUGGAGCUCUAUAUAAGCAGGCUGACUGAGCUCCUCAGUUAGUUCUGUUCCAGCUUACAAAUAAAGAGCUGCUUUGGAAGAAUCGCUGUGUCAUCUGAUAUGUUCGCCCACAACUUAACACCUUUGGAGGCAGAGACAGGAGAUGGCAUCAGAGGAGGGAGGGAAGGAAAGAGGGACAGAGGCCAGUGUUGCCCACGGUACACCUGACCAUCAUUCAAGGCACCUAAGGGCACACUGGUUGAAAACCACUGAUUUAAUCCAUCAUGAUGCAGGAAGCUUUCUGCAAUCUCCCUCCACCCACCUCCAAAUGUAGGGAACUUUUUGACAUUUUCUUCAUAAACUGGGAUGCAGUGCUUUGUCAAUUAAUCUGUUAAAUUAAGAAUCUUUGUAUCUAUUUAAAAUGUCUCCCUGAAGAAUCAGGGUGCAGAUACUUUUUAAGGAAACUUUUCAUGCAAGUACAGUACAGUCAUACCUUGGAAGUCGAAUGGAAUCCGUUCUGGAAGUCCGUUCGACUUCCAAAACCAAAUUGCAGCUUCUGGUUGGCUGCAGGAAGCUCCUGCAGCCAAUCAGAAACCGUGGAAGCCCCAUCGGACGUUCGGGUUCCAAAAGCACGUUCACAAACCGGAACAAUCACUUCCGGGUUUGUGGCGUUCGGGAGCCAAAAUGUCCGAGUUCCAGGGCGUUCGACAACCAAGGUACGACUGUACAUACCAAAAUCUAAGGUGAAAGAAGAAUUUCCCCUUUUCUCUUGCAAAGGAGGGAAUGCUACUUCUGAGAUGUGAGACAAAUAUGUGUGUUUCCCUGAUUGGAAAUAAUUGCUUCCCCAUAGGACCAGCUUAAACAAAGAAUCUAUCAAACAUGUGGAGAAAGUUGUGUGAAUUCGUUCUGCUUCUCCAGAGUGAACAAAUCCUUUCUACAGCUGCUAACAGCAACACUAUUCUGA